GACAACUGUGUGGGCUGUGUGUGGGCCUGUACUUCUCGUCUGGAUGGACGGCCGGAUUAUGAGACACAGGAUUUCAAAGAGAAUGAUGUUAUCCGAGUGAAUUUCCGUCCAGCCAGUUUCGUCUGCCAUUCAUGCACAUGACCCACAGUUAAAUGACCACAAAGUGCAGAUGAUGACAUCUUUCCAUUAACUCAAAUAAUGCUUCAGCUUUGGUGCUCUGUCCAGCAAUAUCCAUACGACAUAAUGAUGUUCACCAUGAGCAAGAAAGUACAAGCGGUUUUGAGUGUUGUGCUUAGAGUGCCGUCCUUGUUCAUCAUUGACGCUGUUGUAAACUUACGAGUAGACACAGGUCAGUUUAUGAUAGAGUAUCCAGUAUGGUCAGGAUUUCUCGCAGUGAUGGUUGUCUCCAUUGCAGCCGCUAUGUUCUGUCUCUCGACAAGAACGCUUCUUAAAAUCUACACCAUUCUGGUUUGCAUCGGGACGUUAGGCAGCACAUUGUGGUGGAAUAAUGUCAUGAUGGAGAAAGUCAAUCGAGACAAGUGUCCUUCAAAGUGGGAUCUCCUCCUUCAAGAAGAAUCCAUCUGUGAAGAAUCUUCAAAAGUUUCACCCGUCCAAAUUGUACUCAGCGGUGACUUUGCCUUGUAUGCAGUAGUACAGAUGGCCUAUGCUUUUACCUAUGUAGCAUGUAUAACGCUUCUACCAGAAAGAUUUACGCUGAAUAUUUGGCUCGUGGUAUGUGCCUACUUUGUUUCCCCGGUGUUCAUACGACUUGGAAUGACAUACUUCAGCAGUGACAACCCAUCCUUUAACACACUCAUUGCCGUGAAUGCCAUCUCAGUUUUAGUCCCAGCAUUGGAGGUGGCUACAAUAUUUGUGUCUAACAUUAUAUGGAGCAUCUGGAACGUACCAAUGUGGUACCGAACCUAUCGGUUUAUGCUACAGAACUUUGGAUUCAAUACAGUUCUGGAGAAUGCUUGGAUACAGUUCCAAGUUCCAAAUGUACUCAGAACAUUUUGGUUACUACGCUUCACUGUGCACAUCAUACAAAUUGUCCCAGCCUUAAGAUCUAAUGAAGUACUGCCUGUGAUAAUGAGUAGCAAUGUGUUAACAAAUGAAAGUCAACUGACAGAAGAUUCUGAAACUACUUUGGCAUGGAAUACCUUUCUUGAAGUAACGACCCAUGGCUGCGAUUCAACCCUUGCAGUUUUAGGCCUCACAGCAGUUGUAUCGUACCUCUCAUACCACCUUGGUAAAUGGGCAGAUAAGUUUAUGGGUGGCGAGUCUGACGAGGUAGCACACAUUGGUACCGUCACGGCAAUACUGUUUUUCAUUUUGUCACUUCAGACUGGUCUACCUCGGUUGGAGCCAACAAAACGUUUAGUCCGUCUUUUCCGCAAUUUCAUCCUGCUCAGUACCGCCAUGUUACAUUUCAUUCAUAAUAUGUUAAGUCAAGUUAUGAUGACUCUUAGUACAUCUCACACCGCAUCCAUUUGGAAACAUCUUAGAGCUCUUAGCAUGUCUGCCAUCCUCAUCCUUAUUCCAAUCAGUGUGAUUAGCUAUCUAUGGACCUCCCUCACCAUGGGGACUUGGUUACUAGCAGUAACUGCUUUCUGCAUGGAACUCGUCAUCAAAGUAACUGUCACUCUAAUCAUUUACACUUUGUUUCUUAUCGAUACCUAUAGCGACAAGUUCUGGGAAAGUUUAGAUGAUUAUGUGUAUUAUAUUAAAGCCACUGGUAGCACCAUCGAAUUCUUGUUUGGUAUUUUCCUCUUCGGCAAUGGGGUGUGGAUCUUAAUCUUUGAAUCGGGCGGAGUAAUCCGUGCCAUCAUGAUUGUAAUCCACGCCUAUUUCAACAUAUUUCAGCUCGGGAAGAACGGCUGGAAGAAAUUUAAGAAUCGUCGCAUGGCAGUGAAAAAGAUAGACAAUCUCCCUAUUGCUACAGAGCAUCAGUUGAGGGACCAUAAUGAUGUAUGUGCUAUUUGCUAUCAAGAUCUCAUCAGCGCUAGAAUCACACCAUGUGAACACCUGUUUCAUGCACUAUGCCUUCGUAAAUGGUUAUAUGUUCAAGAUACAUGCCCAUUAUGCCAUAAGGAGAUCAUGCAGAAUAUCAAAUCAGAGCAAGAGGAAGGAGAUAAUGAGGAAGUAAAUGAUAUACUCCACCAGGAUUAAAUGGAAAAUAAAUUUGCGUUCAAGAAGAAAUUUGUGACUAAGUCUUACAAAUUAAAUCUGAGGUUGUGAUAGCUAUAUUUAUCACAGAAAUAGUAUUGUAAAUUUCCUUUGAUCUGCAAAUUUUUUCCCAAAAUCUCCCAAAUAUGGCACUUUACAUACGGACAAAUUUACAAAAUCUACCCUUUGUAGAAUUUGACGUCAUGUUGCAGCUAUUUAACAUUCAUGUAGCUUGCCAUUCUAUAAACUGAGUUCCUCCUGAGCUGAUUGUUAUCCAAUUGUAUUCUGGGCUAUGGUCAUGUUAUUUAUUAUUAGCUGUUGCUUUUGUUGAUGUUAAGUUCUGCAUUUAUAAGUUCCCAAAAACUUGCACGCACAAAGAAUGAAUUGGUUGUUCUGUUUAAUAUGAGCCACAUUGGAAAUCAAUCAAUCAAUAUUUUAUUUCUACAUAUUUAAUCAAUAACUCACAAUAAAGGGCGAUUAUAUAAAGUGGUGAGGUAUCCAUCCAGAUAGCAGGGUCUGUACAAUAUAGACCCCAUGUCAAAUGAGGUGCAUAGCUGAAAGCGUUAACAUUCAUACAAAAAAAAUUACAUUGUAUCGUACCAAAUUAAAAUGAAAUCACUUUGCCCAAGGUAAAGAAUGUACACAGGUAUAACAUGCUGUUUCUUGUCCAUAUUGAUUAUUGCAACAUGCUUGUGUACAACAAGUCUUCAAUUAUUACUGAUGAAAUUAGAGGUGCAAGUUUUAAAUGAGAAAAAAUGUGCCACUCUCAAAACUAAAGGUCUGUUGCGAUGGUUAAUCAGGGCCAGACAAGUAUCAAAGUUUGUAAAUCUGCAGCUCUUAUUGAUAACAUGUACACUUUAUACUGUGCUUGUUCUUGAAAGGUUUGGCUGUUUGAUAAUUUAUUGGGAAACUUGUCUAUUUGAGCGAUACAAGGGACACUGACAGCCAUUGUCUUUGUCAUGUGGAGAAGUUUGAGUAUUUCACUCUAUAUGAGCAUUUGCACCUCAUAAGACAACUUUAAUUAGUCAUGGGUAUCUGCCUUUAACACAGUAUAAAUCAACUAUAAGUAGUCAGUUUGGUGUUUAUAUUUAUACACAAGAAAAUUCGUUUUUUUUACCGUCAAUAUAAAACUGUUAAAAAACAACGGUUUGAAGAUCGACUAUUGUACAAUUUAACUAGUGUACUGUACACUGUUUAUGCCUGGAUCUACAUUUUUGUUAUAUUUACAGGGACUCUGAUGAGAAAUGAUUGUGAACAAUUUGUGUCUUAUUUGGCUUGCAAUGUUUCCCAAUCACAUGUAUCUAAUAUUUAUGAAAAUAAAAUAAAAAAAUUAAUUAACUUGCAAAAAUGUAUUGAAUUUUAUUUUGUGGGUUUAUUUGGCUAUAAGGAAACACUGUACUAAAAGAAGCAAUUUGAUAAGGAAAAUGCUGUGCUUAGUGAAGAAUGAUAUUUUUAAAGUUUAACAGCUACACAGUACAUUGUGAUUUGUAUUAUAAUAUAAGGCACUGGGAAAUUAUUAACAUUUAACAUGUUUAAGUACAAAUAAAGUAUAGUGAACAUCCUAUUUCAGUUCUUGUCUGUUUAUUCUCAAAGUAAAUAAAUAUGUACAUAAAAUUGUUAUAAAACACAAGUGUGUUUAUCAGAAUACAAGUGUGUACAAAUUUGCCACUAUUGACUAACAAUAAGUGAACAUCCAAAGACUAGACGAAUAAGGGCACUCAAGUUCAAAGUUUGGUGAUCAACAUACAAGCAGAUAACCAUCGGACUGAAAGCCAUGCGGAAACAAAA